AUGGAGACGCAUCGCCUGCCGCCUAAGACAAUUGAUGAAUUACAAAAAUCACGCGAGACCCGGGCCAACGAUGCCUUGGCGAUGAAAGAGCAACAAUUGCGAAUGCUGAAUGAUCAGAAUGUGCAACUUCUACGCAAUUUGGACAGCGUCGAGGAGGAUGCAAAUGCCAUUCAACUGGAGAAAAUUGCAGCCGAGAACGACAAUCGAAUAUUGCGUGAUGAGAAUUUUCGUCUUCUUAGUCGGGCUCGAACCGCAGAUGCUCAACUAGCAUCCAUGAAAACCGAAACAGUAGAGAAGGACAAACAGCUACGAGUAAUUACAGAUCAGAAUUCCGAAUUACUGCGGCUGCUGGAAACGGAAGAGGCGCAAAGCGCAAAAUUGAGUGCAGAAAAUCAAAAUUACAGUAGCGAAUUGGAACUAUUGAAAGCUAAGUACGGAACGCUCCUAGCCACAGCCAAGACACACGAAGAAAUGGCGAAUCGAGCAGCACACGAGGGUCAACUCCGUGCAGAUGAAGUACGCGUCCUCCGAACGGAAAUCGAGCAGCUAAAGCAACAGAACCAGGAGCUAAAACUUAAAGCGCAAGUGGAACUCGAGGCUCUGCAUGAACAACUGCGUGUCCGCAAGGAAAAACAAUAUCAGCUACUUGAAAAGCUUCAAGCACAGGAUCGAGUCAAGAGGCUAGCCGAGGAUCAAGUCAAUAGUAUGGAAGAUAAGUUACGCCAGCUGCAUGCAAAAAGUGUGGAGUUGGAUACUCAUCUCCAAGUUGAAACUCGCAAUCGACGAAUGAAGGAAGAAAGCAAUCGCAAUUUGACGGCAGAUUUGAAUAACUUGAUGGAGGAAAUAAAAGAAGUUCGGAAUCGUUCAAAUCGUGCAGACAGCGAGCGGCUGCGGAUGGAAUCUGAAGCACGGGACAGCGGUGAGCAGCUGCGUGAGAUGGCAGAAAAGGUGUUUCAGCUUCUGGAGCGCUUAAAACUUGCCGAACUAAGCAAAACUCGUGCUAUGGAGGAGCUCACAAAGAAGGAAGCAGAGACUGUAGCACUAUCCAAGAAGAACGCACGUCUUCUCAAGGAAGCUACAAAGGAAGGCCGGGGUCGUGUGAAGGCAGAGUUAGACAAGAAGAUUCUUCAAGACCAGCUGCGAGCGAUUAAAAAGCACAACUCAGUCCUCGCCUCCCGGUGCCGCGAGGAGGUCCGGCUAAAGCUCGAAGAACGUGAAGAAAAGGGGGCGGCAGUUGAAAAAGUGAAAACUUUCAGUGGGCGCCUUGGCUUUCUCUUGAACAAGAUGCAGACUGACGAAGAGGCCAAGGUGGUCAGAACGGAGGAGAUGCGGAAGCUUGAGGUCCAACUCAAGUCCUCAAAUGAUCAUCUGUCCAAGCUGCAAGUCAAAUUAGAUGAUGCUAACGAGUCAAAUCGCAUCAUCACACAAGCCAGUCGAAUUAAGCAAGAAGAGCUGGAAACAAUGAAAACACGUCUCGAUGCAAUAACGCGGAAGUAUCAAGAAGAUAAUGCUACAGAGGUUGGUGUAAACAAACAGAGUGAUUCUUUUCAGAUCAAAAGCGAGGAGCACUUAAUUGAAGCACAUAGUCGCUUUAUACUUGAUUCGACGACUUCGUCAAACAUGGUACUACUGAAGGGGAAGACCCCGCACUUUCGGGCGUGGCUUGAAGCGCACGACGCAAACAAAUUCCUCAAGCGUGCGCAGAACUCGCCGGGUAUGAAGGAAAUGCUUAUUGAACAUAUGGGCAGAUCUUAUGGUAGGGAUCAGCGUAUAGAACAUCUUGUUCACAAAUGCGCACUGAUGCAAGAAAAACUUGAAUCAGAGGAGGAGGCAAAAAGACGAACACUUCUCCGGUAUGUUCAUGCAGUUAAGCAGACCGACCUGAGUCGUGAGAGUGAAGUGCACACUUCAUCGGAGCUUGGUACGAUUCAGCUACCAGAAUCCUCGAUAUCUGACGAAGAGCUCCAUGCUAUUGCCGCACUACUCCGGAGCGACACAUCGAUAAGGGAAGUGUCUCUUCGAGAUAAUAUGAUCACAGAUGACGGGGCUCACGCACUGGCAUCGGUGCUAGCUGGCAAAUCGAACCUUAGCAGCAUCGACCUGCGUGGCAACAUGAUCACCCAUCACGGAGUCAGGAUACUCGCUGAAGCACUGGAAAGGUCUGAACGUGUUCGGCACGUCUAUGUCCACGCCGGAGGAAAGGUAGAGGCGCUUGGGGUUGGUCGAUGGGGUGUUUCAAAAAAUACUCCGGACGCACAGCACACUUCUGGGGGUCAGUUGGCUUCAGCCAAUGUAGAAACGAUAUGCUGCGUGGAUUGCCGAGACAAUAAUAUCCCAAUGAAAAAUCAGAUCGAUCACGUCGAUUCGCUCGGAGAACAAAAAUCAAGCCAUGGCACGAACGCACUGACACAAAGACAAGCGAAGCGAGGAUCGAAAAUUCAGACUGCCCAAACUCGGGCUUCGAGCCGCAGUCGACCAAUGCUAUCUGCCACGGGCAAAUUUGCGCGUCCCGAUCGGGCCUGGGCUACUCCCCUGGGUGCGACACAAGACGCAACUGAAUACAAGUCACGCGGGGGGGGCUCUUUCCCAAACCUGACUACAAACAACAAAGACCACCGAACCUAGACGGCAAAGAAAAUCAAAAGUCUACACUAUGUGGGGAAAUACGAAUGCGUGCAUAUUGUGGUUCCGGCUGGGUUUGCUUUUUAAUGCCAGUCUCGUUUUAUCGAGCUUGCUCUUUUGAGACUAGCUAGAGAGACGAGCAUAAUACGCCGGCCAGGGUAAUCCGCCCAACAGGCCAGCCCCGCCCGAAUCCGGCCUUGUGGUGGUGCAGGGGGUGCAGGGGGCUUGAGCUCUAGUGAUGGGGGAUUACAUUUACGG